GAGAGAGAGAGAGAGAGAAACAUAUAUAUUUACCAUUGGUGCAUAUAUUCUUUUCUGUGGUUGGAGGACUGUAAUGGAGACCUUUUUCCAAAUAUCUUGAUCUACUUUGCUGGACCAGGUUCUGUCAUCAUGAACCUCAUGCUGUUAUUUGAUUCAAUUAGCAUUUUCCUGUUUUCCCAAGCCUUAGCAUCAUGGGGCAUACAAGAACUGCAUGUCAAUCAGGAAACCACUGAGAAAAUUACAGCUGCUGCCCAUUUGAUGAACUGUUCUGCUCCAGUUGAUAUCUUGUUCCUGUUAGAUGGAUCUUACAGCAUUGGCAAAGGAAAUUUUGAAAGGUCAAAAUAUUUCACAAUCAAACUCUGUGACGCCUUGGACAUCAGCCCGGAAAAGGUCAGAGUGGGAGCAAUACAGUUCAGCAAUACUCCUUUUCUGGAAUUCUCUCUUGACACAUAUUUCACCAAACAGGAGAUAAAAAGCAAGCUCAAGAAGAUUGUGUUCAAAGGUGGAAGAACAGAAACAGGACUUGCAUUGAAAUACAUUCUUCGGAAAGGAUUCCAUGGAGGAAGGAAUUCAUUGGUCCGAAAAAUCCUCGUCAUCCUAACAGAUGGGAAAUCCCAGGGCAAUGUGGGGAUACCAGCCAAACAGUUAAAAGAAAAUGGGAUAGCCAUCUUUGCAGUGGGAGUUAGCUUUCCAAGAUGGGAAGAAUUGCACGCAUUGGCCAGUGAGCCGACUGAUCGGCACAUACUCUACGCAGAAAACACAGACGAUGCCUUGAAUGGCCUCUAUACCACUCUUACUGGCUCUGCAAUCUGCAGAGCUGCAUUUCCAGGCUGCAAGACGGAAUCUCACCCUUGUGAACACAAAACACUGGAGAGAGUGAAAGAGCUGGUUGGAAACUAUUUCUGUUGGAAGGGAUCAAAGAGCAGUCAUGCUGUUCACACAUCACUCUGCCCAUUUUACAACUGGAGAAACAUUUUCAUCAAGUAUCCAUCUAGAUGUUACCGAACCACAUGCCCAGAUCCUUGUGAUUCCCACCCAUGUCAGAAUGGAGGCACAUGCAUUCAGCAAGGUUUAGAAGGAUACUACUGCGUCUGUCCAGUCGGAUUUGGAGGAGACGCUAAUUGUGCCCCCAAGCUGAGUCUAGAAUGCACUGUGGACCUCCUUUUUCUGGUGGACAGUUCAUCCAGCACCACCCUGGAAGGAUUCUUGCGCUAUAAAGCUUUUCUGAAAAGGUUUAUGCAAGCAGUGUGGAGUGGUGAGACUCUGAGUGACGUGGGUGUGGCCCAGUAUAGCAACAAUGUCAAAGUGACGGUAGCACUGGGGGACCCCAAAGACAUGUCCAGCUUGGUGAAGGCCAUCGAUGCCAUGCAAUUCAGUGGAGGGAGCACCCUGACCGGCAAAGCUUUACGGUACAUUACACAGCAUGGGUUUAAGAGUGCGGCAGUCUUUGCUGAUGUCCCUGACAACCUGCCCCGGGUGGUCAUCCUGCUCACAGAUUCGAAUGCUCAAGAUUCAGUGGUGGAAGCAGCUAAGUACAGCAGAAGCCAAGGGAUUUUUCUCAUUGGAAUCGGCAGCAAAUUUCUGAGAGCAGAGUUGGAUGAAAUUACAGGGAAUGCAAAGUGGACCAUUCUCUACUCAACCCCACAGGACCUAUUCAACAAGAUUACUGAGCUGCAGAGAAAAAUCUGCAUCAUAGAGAGUCAAGGCUGCCCAUCUCAGCCCUUAGAUUUGGUGUUUGCUUUGGAUUCCUCAGCUUCAGUUGGAUGGAACAACUUUGUGCAGCUGAAAACCUUUGUCAGCAGGCUCUUGUUACAGUUUGACAUCAGUCGGGAUGUGACACAGAUCGGACUUGUUGUGUUCGGCAAAAGGCCCCAAACUGUUUUUGGGCUGGACACACACGUUAACAGUUCCACUCUCCAUGAAGCCAUCAAGCAAGCCCCCAUUGUGGGUGGUUCUGCUUCAGUUGGCAGCGCCUUGCUGCACAUCUAUGAUGACAUCAUGACUGCCCAUAAAGGAGCAAGGCCAGGUGUGAAGAAGAUUGUGGUGGUGAUCACGGGGGGUGUUGGAGUGGAGGAUGCCGUCGUACCUGCUCAGCAGCUCCGUAAUAACGACAUAUCACUGUUUGUCAUUGGGAUGGACCAUGACCGGACUGGCUCAUUACUGAGGACUGCGGGUUCUCACAAUAGCCUGCUGAAGAUAGCUUCUUAUGAAGAUCUGAAAAGUCAUGAAGGCCUGAUCAUGGAUUGGCUUUGUGAUGAGGCUCGGAGGCCAGUGAACCUCUGCGUACCCAACCCCUGCAUGAAUGAUGGAGUUUGUGUUCCUGAGAAUGGCAGCUACUGGUGUCAAUGCCAAGGCUGGGAGGGACCUCACUGCGAAAACAGGAUUCAGAAGGGUCAUAUUUCACAAACAUGGAUGUAUCCAGCAAUGGUCCAUGCUCUGCCAAAGCAACGUGGUUGGUGGCAGCCGCACGGAAAUCAGCAGCACUCCAGACGGCACGUGAGAGCGACUCAGUGAGGAGGCCAGAAGUACGCCUGCCUACAGCUACUGGAGACAUUACCCUGAAAGAACUGAAACCCAGACUCUGCGUCUAGUUACAAGUAAUCAUGCUGUUUAAAAGCAUGAGAAUUUUGCACAGAUUCAAUUCCUGGUAAACCAGAGGAGCUUACCAAUAUCUAGCUUGUUUUUAUAUUGAGUAUUUAUUAUUGAUAUCCUGAAACGUUCAUUCUAAAAUCAGUAUCGCUUCUAUACCAAGAAUAAAACUACACUUUAUGUUAACUACAUAGAGCACAACUUGGAUUCCAAAUGGAGGUUUUAAUUUUUUUUUCUUGCUUCCACAUUGGGGGCAGGAAAGGUUUCUAGAAAACAAGAAGCCAGAGAAGGCGAGUUUUAAACCUCUAAAACUUGCACUAAGAUCUGCAUACCUAAUCUGCAUACUUGUGAUUCAAAAGCACCAAGACAACCAACUGUGCUAUUUAAUGUAAUGUGUAGUUUUGCCCUGGGUUUCAUAGCUCUGAAUAAGUUGUUUUUAUAUUAGAUUGGGGAAAAGUAGUCUAUUUUUGAACACAUAUCAAACUGUUAUUUAGCUAAGGAUGCUUUUAUACAGUUAGGCUCACCCUACCUUCCCUGUGUGGUGAGAUAUUCCAGGCUGCCGUGCUUAUCCAGUUUUGGCUGCUGAAGGUUUAUUAUUGCAUUGCAUCUGUCUUGAUUUACAAAUAUGCAGGAUGAGCAUAGGCAGAGAUGCAGCUUAAUCGCUCCAGAAGACUUCCAUGUCCACUGCCCCACAUCAAAUAUCCAGAGAGAAUUAGCUUCCCAAAAGGCACUUGUAGCCCUGUGCCUCUGUGUCUGUUGACUUCGGGACUCAAAUUGCAGUUUCUGUUCUUCUGCAGUCACUGCUAGCUCACUUCCUCCAUUUGGCUGGAAGAGGGAUGGUCAUAACAUUGAACUGUUUUCUCUAGUCAGCGUUCAAAAAGAUUUGUUUGGCAGUAGUAACAGCCCCUGGCAGUUAAGGUAGUCUUUCUUAUGCCUGCACCAUGAUCCAUCUCCAGUCCAAAGUUGCAAUCCUGCACCCAUUUGUUAUAGUUUAUUGAUGUCAGUGCUGUGUCUACAUACAGUUUAACCUCAUCAACCUGACCAAGUGAUCACUGAUACUCUGUUACGCACAGCGUUGUAUUAUGCAUGGAGAUCCAGGCCAGUAUAAGUGCUUCCCCUUAGAUCACAAGGAAAGAGGCAGCUUUCUCUAUGCUGAAACCAAGAAAAUAAACCAUGCCUAUGUAACACCUCAGUGUACACCUUGAAGCUUGCCAAAUGAGUGAACUUGCUUUCUUUUGAAUGUGUUGGUCAAAUAGGUGUGUGUCACCUUUCCCCAGUUUUUGUUUACUGAAACAGCAGGGCAGUUAUGCUCUGUCUCAGCCUCAUAAAAUCCUAAGACCCAAGAAAGCGUUCCUAAGAUUCCUUGUGCUUGUAUUGGAAUAGACUCUCCUUGUGUGAUGUGGUUCAGAUUUCCUUAUGUGAGCCCAGGCAAACUGGCAGAGCUGUGAGCUGUGGGGGUGUUAUUGAUCUAGUUAUUAUCCUUCGUAUAUGCCAUUUAUCUAAUGCAACACAAAUAAUAUUACCUAAAUAACCCAACAACUAGAAUAAUCAGAAUGAAAGAUACAAAUAUGAAUGAACAAAAAUUGGAAGAGGAAGGCUGAUUCUUGUGAGUGAUUUUUGACCAAAGGUGGAUCUCCAGUACUUCUACGACAGUGAUUUCUCCAAACAUGGAAGAGAAAUUUCCUAUAUUGUUAUAUGUAGAGAUUAAUAUACUUUGCAUUUUGUUAAUCUGUCUUAUAAUCUAUUUUAAAGCCACCUACGAUUUUGGUGACUACAGAAUCCUGUGACAACUGUCUUCUAUAAGUUGCCUGGAUGCAGUGUAUGAAGGAGUAGAAUGUAAACUUGUGCCAGGACUUCACUUGAGAAAUUGCUGCCUUCCAGGAUAAAAGCAGCCUGUCAGCUUGAAGUCUUCUGGAUGAGCAUCCUCAUGGUAUAAAAUUUGACACAGUGCAUGGUCAAUUCUUUCUGUGUUGUCCUCUGCUCAUUGUGUGAUUCCACUCCCAUCCCCUCAGCACACUUAUUUACAUCUUCUAGGUGGGGAGGAAAAGGGAGUUGCAUUAUCUAAAAUUGCCAAGUCAAGGCUGGUAGACAUUUUUGUAGUUCUAAAGCUCUGUGUCAGCAGCUUACGCAAUGCAGUAGUUAGUAAAUGCUUGACUUUAUGUACCAGCAGCCCCAUUUUGUAAUGCUCCUCUGAGCAGCAAAGUAACAUGAAAAAGAUACAAAGAGGCUGGGACAAAGUUGUUUCAAUCAUUUGAGUUAAACAACUGACUUAAUUAAAUGCGUUUCCCACAACAGCACCAAGUUGCCAUCAAUUCUGCCCUGGUCUCAUCGAACCAAAGCUCUCCACCAACCUUAUGCCCUCCUCGAUGGGUUGGACUAUGGCUCCCAUCAUCACCAGUCAGCAUGAGAUGAUGGGACCUGGAGUUUAGGUUGGAGAAAGCUGAUCUACACUGUGACUGUGACCAUGUAAAACUUGGAUGCUAACUUGGAGAGGAAGAUGGUGUCAUUCAGUAGUGCAUCCUGGGCUGUUCAGGAUAUUGGGUCAAUAAAACUUGUGAUGUUGCUUGCUUACAGGUUAGUGACUUGACUAAAUGAAGCUGAAAGGGAGUGUUUGGUCUCAGCAAGCAUUCACUUACAAUAUGUAUGCUGUCAAAAAAAUUGUACUCUCAGACUUCCCCAGUGAGAUGCAUUCCAGGCAGGUUGACGCCUCAAGUUAUUCAGUUUUAAGAAAGAGAAUCUUUCCCUUUUCCUCUAUCCUGCUCCCUUACUACUGACAGAAGACUUCCACUUCUACUUCAGGAUGAAAGUGCAGAUCUUUUGCUAGACAUUUCCUUUAUGAGACCAGUUCAAGACAUGGUGCUUUAUUCCCUAGUUUUACUUCACAGAGUGCCCAACUUAUUUUAGUGGACCAGAAAGACAAGUUGUUCUUACUGGAUGGUUGAAUGGUUAACAAAAAUAGGUGAGCUGUUAUAGUUAAAUGAACAAAUUAUAGGCAGUGACCUGGUUUACAUCACAUGAAAACUCAUGGUGGGUUGUCAGCCUUGUUUGUUUCAGGGUGGUUUGUCCUUAGUUCCAAACUAAGCAUGAUUACGCUAGUAUAGUUUGUUACUCGUGUACAAGCCACUCUCAGGCUAUCCUGAAUUUGCUUAAUAACAGGGAACUAUAAGCCAUGGUGGCUUAUAUUUGUGAGCUGCCUGAUUAGCAGAAGCACCCAGCCAGGCAUGGACUGUCCUGACAUCCGGCUAGGGUGACUUGCAACCCAUUCUGAAAUUCAUGGCUUGUUGUUUACAGACCACAUUAGCCACCCAUUCAGACCAGGUUUGGACAUCCCGACAACCUGUGACUUUCUCCUGUGAAACUGGACAUUUCAUGUAACCCACAGGAGUGGUACCUUUCCAUACACACAGCCAACUAUUAAAGCUUGCUUUUUGUCUGCAGUUUUGUUGCCAGAAGGAUUUCAGAGAUUGUGUAGUUUUUCGCUUAGUGAAGUUCCAGAAUGAGCUAUGCAGUCUCUCAGUUGCUUAAACAAGCAUUUAAUGCAAGCUGUAUAUGUGUUUUAUUGUCUGAUGAUUUCUGUAAAAGAUAAGACUCAUGUGGAAAGACUCAUGGUGGCAGUUUCUAUGUACUUUCCAUAAAUAAUACAGAAUGCCAACUCCUUUCCUUAUCUAGGUCAAAGAAAUGAGUACUUAGCAACAACAAUUAGGCCUUUUCUGCAGAAAGCAAGUGCAAAAGUUCAUGCAAUGCAGUCUAUUCAGAAAUAAGUCCCAGUGAGUUAAAUGGAACUUACUCCAGGUAAGUGUAUACAGGAUUGUAACCUUAAUCAUUUUAGCUAUGACCAUUUUGUAAGUCACUCCGAGGGUUUUUGCAAAUGGUGCGGCAUAGAAAUGGUCUAAAUAAAUAAAUAACUUUCCCUCUAA